AUGUUGCAAGGCAGAAGACUUUCGGGGAUUGAAUGGGAACAACUUUUCGAUUCAAUUGAUUUGAGUGAAUCAGUGAAGCUAUUGGAACCGAUGUAUCAUAAAUUGGAUGAGGAGCUCAAGCCAUGUUUCUUGUAUAUGUCCUUUUUAAAGGAAAAUGCAAUAAUGAGGGAAGAAAAGUUGGAACACAUAUGGGCUACAAGUGGAUUAGACACACAUAGAAAAGGGUUUUUGGGUGAAGGACCGUGUGCCGGUUUAGUUAAAGAAUCAAUUAUUGAAGUCGUGCACGAGUUCCCCUUCGAACUUGAAGUAAAAAAGUGUAGCAGGAAUCCAGUACUACACAUGCUAGCAAUCAAAAGAGCGGAGGAGGAAAUAGGCUUUGAGAUCUUAAGGAGCAACGGAAAUAAUUUACCCUCUCAAAAUCCCCGUCAUCGUGUUAUCCAAUGUGGAAGAGAGAUUUUUAAUCACUCCAACAAUCAAGACAGACAUCUUGCUUCUCUCAUCUUCCAUGGAGGUGGUCGCUAUUUGGACGAUGUUAGCCCGUCUUAUUGGGAGAGUUUUGAACUACUCAAAAUACUUGGCAUGGAAGGUUUUGGAGUGAAGACUUUACCAGAAACUAUCGGCAUAUUGAGUGGGUUAAUGUAUUUGGGAUUGAGAAACAAUUACAUACAAGAGAUCCUGCGAUCGUUGGAGGGCUUGAAAAGGCUUGAUGUUCUCGAUAUAGCUCUAAACUUUAUGGUGGAGGUGCCGGAUAUUAUCAAGGAAAUGUGUAGCCUUUGUCAUCUCUACAUGUCUGAUGUGAUUUGUCGGAAGCCUUUGAAAAUAGACUCGCUACAGGAUCUUAAGACCCUAGCUUACAUCUCUAUUCAUGAUUGGACAUAUGAGGGUUCAAACUUGGAGACAAUGACUCGUCUCCAAAAAUUGGGCAUAGAAGAAGUUGAUGAAAACUCCGAUGUAGGCAAGCUCUUUUCAUCACUGGCUAAGUUGGGGAACCUUCGUGACCUCAUCUUGAGAGGGUUUCGUUUCAGAAGCAUGCCUUGUUUGGACGAGAUUCGUGUUUUAGAGAAACUCGAUACAAGUGCGGAUAAUUUCCCUUAUAUCAAAUACAUGGCUUUGGUAAAUACAUGUCUUGACGAAGACCCCAUGCCGAUACUAGAGAAGUUGCCCUGCCUGCGACGCCUCAAACUGCAGAAUGCAUACACUGGUCGAGAAAUGGUGAUCAGCGACCGCGGCUUUUUUCGGCUCCAAAUCCUACACAUGGAGUUGUGGAAUCUUAGAAAGAUACAAGUUGGAGAAGAUGCAAUGUGGAGUUUGGGACAACUAAAUAUCAACUGCCCGCAUCUCGAGACCCUCCCAGAGGAGUUGAUGAAGAAAUUGAACAAGUUUAAGAUGGUAAUUGUAACAUCCCGAAUUUAG